AUGACGGAUUUCAUGUGUUUUUUAAAGUAUUUUUUAUUUAGUAAAGAUAAUAAGAGACUGUUGGAGAGAUUUGCUAGAAAAUCAGUGGUGCACACAGCUUUAGCUGAUAUCUUGUUUAAAAAUCUUAUGCAGUCUUAUAUUAUCAUAGUAAAGUUUAAAACGGGCAUGGAUUAUUCAACUGUAACAAACAAAUACGUUGAUAAACGUGAUACUUCAUUAUUGACAAACUGCGCCAACGAAAACGUUGAUGAAUGUUUUCAAAUUAGUCAGAAAUCGUCAGCAAAGAGGAAGCUUAAUUUAGAAUAUAGCGAAUAUGUUUCUCAAUCAUUUUAUCAUGUUCGGCGUUUUAAAGCACCAAAGUCAAGAGAAAGUCUUUCGCCAGGAUUCGUCGAUGCUCAACCACCAAGCUCGUUUCUACCCGUCUUUUGUAAGGACCACCUAAAUGAUUCAACGGCAUAG